ACGCGAGUCUGGCGUAUAAUUUGGUAGAACUACGCACUAUUCCUAUCCAAAAUGAAAAAAACAUAAAUCUUUUUAAUUUGGGGCUAAUUCUAGAUUAUUAAAAUUUUUUAUUUUCAUAUUAUGUAAUGGUGCACAAUUUUAAAUGUAAACCUUAACAUUAGAUAUAGUUACACAGCAUUUUUAUGAGCAGAUAAAUGCCAGCAACAAAUGCAAAUCGUAUGUAGUCUAAAUCGACCAAGAUGACACAAACUGACGUACUAGUUACAAACGAAGUGGUUUUGAAUUUAGAAGAAUUAUUAAAAAAAUUGGGAACGCGAAAUUAUAUCAUUAACAUAUCAGCAGGGACCAUAAAGGGCGACAACUUUUUAGGGGUGAUUGCAAAGGUGCAAGUUACAGGUGAAACGGCAACAGGUGAACAUGUUAUACAGAAUUUUAUAGUCAAGAGUGCACCUCGCAAUGAAAACUUUAGAAUGUUUGCUCCAGUUCACGCAGCCUACGAACGCGAGAUAUACAUCUACAGUAAAGUGCUUCCAGCAUUUUUAAAAUUGCAAAACGACAGAGGCAUCCAGAAUCCAUUUAGAUCAUAUGCGAAGUAUUACGAUUCGUCUGUGGCAGAUAUGAACGAAGCGUUAAUUAUGGAAGACAUGAAGGAGUAUGGAUUCAAAUUACAUGAUCGUCACCGACCAUUGGAUUACAAUCAUACACUAUUAGUAUUACGAGAGUACGGAAAAUUUCACGCUUUAUCCUUUGCAUUACGAGAUCAAGAGCCAAAAAUAUUUGCAGAACUAGCAGAGGAGACCCAAGAGAAUUUUUUUAAUGGAAUGAAUAGUACUGAAUUACACAACAGCUUUCAAUCUCAGAGUGAGAGAGCUCUCAAUGCGUUACACCCAAUUACGCACAAAUUUGCGCAUGAAAAAUUUAAAAAAUUUCAAAAUAAUAUGACCGAUGUUAUUAAUGCGGCUGUUAAAUCUGACCUUUCAGAUCCAUAUUCUGUGAUUGGGCACGGUGAUUGCUGGAUUAACAAUUUUUUAUUUAAAUAUGAUGAUACUAACAGAGUCCCGUUAGAAAUGUGCAUUUUGGACUGGCAGUUGGCACGUUUAGGGUCACCAGCCCUAGAUUUGGGCUAUUUCUUAUUUACGUGUACAUCCAAAGAACUCCGAGAUGAGAAGUACAACAGUCUAAUUCAAGAGUAUUACAAAAGUUUUCGUUCAUUUUUGAAAGAGUUAGGCAGCGAUGCAGAUAAAUUAUUUCCAUUUGAUGUUCUGCAAGAGCAUUUGAAGAAGUAUUGUGUUUAUGGACUGUGCAUGGCCGUAAUAGUAUUGCUAAUUCUAAUCAGUGACACAGAAGAAAUACCCGAUAUACACAAUAUUUCUAGCAAUGAACAUGUUAUGGAUAAACUUAAUUAUGAACCAAAAAAUAUAGAAGUUUAUAAUUCACGAGUUAGAGAUAUUAUUUUCGAUUUUAUUAAAUUAGGCUACAAUUUUUAGUGUUUAAAGCUUUUAUUGUAUCAUGCAAAGCAGGUGGAAGCAUAUAGAGUUGGUAAUUAUUUUACUCUAUGGUUUAUUUGUUACAAAUGGAUUUUAUAACGUUGAUUAAAUGUGCGUCGAAGUCGA